AGUGACAAAAUGUUUCGAAAAUCUAAACAAACUGCUGCUCCCUUGCCGAAACCACCCACCGAAGCGCAAAUGUUAGAAGAUUUGCAACUAUUCCACGAAUCCAAACCAGCAGCAAGGCACAUUUCAAGCGAAAACCUGCCCACCCUGACCGAGGAAUCGAGCAUGGACGAUUGGUGGAAAGUGUACGAUGCCACGGUAGAGCACCACCAACAGUUUAUGGGACUGAAAACGAAUGCACAAGAGCUCAAGAAGUCGCUACAGGAAAUGCGAAAUGAAUUGCAAGCAGCGUGCGAUAAAAUUAUGGCCGAAAUCAAUCAAGAUUUGGAACGGUUGAGUGCAACGAUGUCGGAAUAGUA